GAAACCCGUCACGUCGUCGACCUCUUUCGGCUUCACACACACACUGGAUAUAACCAUGUCUCAGAAAGCCCCAGUAGAGUCGGUUCAAGUUUUCGGGCGUAAGAAAACUGCCACAGCAGUCGCCCACUGCAAGCGAGGCAAGGGUGUGUUACGAGUGAAUGGCAAACCACUGGAGAUGAUUGAGCCAAGAGUGCUCAAGUACAAGUUGAUGGAGCCUGUUCUUUUACUGGGCAAGGAACGAUUCCAAGGCGUUGACAUCAGGGUACGUGUCAAAGGAGGAGGUCGUAUUGCUCAGAUCUAUGCCAUCAGACAGGCCAUCUCCAAGGCUUUGGUCUCCUACUACCAGAAGUAUGUUGACGAGGCUUCAAAGAAAGAGAUACGAGACAUCCUGAUCCAGUACGACAGAUCUCUCUUGGUUGCCGAUCCCAGGCGAUGUGAGCCCAAGAAAUUCGGUGGACCAGGAGCUCGUGCUCGCUACCAGAAAUCUUACCGUUAAGAUGUCAAGAUACUCUGGAGCAGUUGUUAACUGCCCAUGGGGGGUUGCCACGAUAUUCCGUUUUCCCAUUGAACCCUGACGAAUGUGAUUCCAAACCACUCGUUUGUUUUAAACCCAACUUCAUGAAAGUGAGAACUUUAUUUUCAAGCAUCACUCACUGGCCAAAAAGUGUGGAAGCAACUAUUUACUUGUAAUUCUUAAUAAAACUAAAGUGGACAAAAUGUA